AUGUCUGAUGUCUCCUAUGGAGCUGCGAUCAAUGCUCGUGCUCGAAUGCGCGCGUGGCAGCAAGGGCUGGGUUUGCUGGAAGUGUGGCAGCAAGGACUUCAGGUCAACACCAUACUCUACAAUGCCUCCAUCAGUGCGUGCAGUACCCCUGGUGGGUGGCAACAAGGGAUGGGGAUUGUCCGAAGAAUGAAACAUGGCUUAUUAGAGGCUGAUGUAGUGUCCUUCAGUGCUGUCAUGAAUUGUGAGAGAAUUGGAAAGUGGCAAAAUGGCAUGCUGAUACUCGACCGCAUGAGGGAACUGCAGAUUCAAAGCAAUGCGAUCUCCUACAGCACGGCUUCAACCUGCGCGAAAGGGCAUCAAUGGCAGCAGUCUUUGAUAGCAGAGAUGCAAAUGCGGCAAAUCGAGACCAACACCAUCAUGUGCAACUCCGCUUUGAUGGUCUUCGGACAGACUGCCUGGCGAUGUGCCUUGGAGGCAUUUUGCAACUUCCAGACCAUUGGCUUACAGGUAAAUCCAAGGACCUGUGGCAUAGCUGCAGCCACUGCAGAGCAGAGCUCACAAUGGCAAAGUGCACUUGCGCUGUCAACACAAGGUAUGAUUUUACCCUCGAUUGUUUCAUGGGAUUCGGCCAUGUUGGCCUGUUUAGGCUGUCGAGAUGACUUGGCCUUUGAAGUACUUCUUGAAUCUGAGUCUCUGCGAGAUCCGAUCUCUUUCUUGUGGGCUUUGGCAUCCUUGAGCGUUUCUGAUGCCGAAGUGAUCUAUGAUGCUGGGAGGAAUGUGAUUGAGAAGUUGUGGUGCUCUGGAGGAAGUGCAAAAGAUUUGGCUCGCUGUUGGUGGGCAGCAGCCACACUGGGUAUUCGAAGUGAGCAGCUGAGUUCAAUGGCUACGACUUCAAGUCGAUCGAAUCGGAUUUCAUUCAAGUCAGCAAUGCUUGAUGACCUCAGCAUGGCUCUCACGGGACUUGCUGGAAUGUCCUGGGAGCUUUCCUUCAUGCUUGAUGCCCAGACUUCUGUGGGGGAAAUGUUGACGCGAGCACACCCAGAUCAACUUUUGUUCCCCCGGGAGGGAAAAGAUCUUUUAGCCAUCCUGUUUUCCUGCACAAUGGCUGGGUGUCUUUCUUCUCGUCUCUGGAGAGUGUCACGGACAGUGAUGCGAGAUGUGGGCUCUCUACUUGACACUCGAAGUGGAAACUUGAACCCCGGACUCGACGGACAUGACCUGGUAGUUUCCUCGAUGGGUGACCGAUAUGUUAUUUUGAAACCACCGGACUGGGAGGUUUACGGUGGACAUGUGAAAAAACAAUUGAUCAACUUUGUGAAACAGAGUAUGUCAAGUCCAAUCUUGAUGGAUGCUCAGCACAACUUUGGGUUUCUUCACAGAUUGGAUGUGCCCAGCUCUGGAUUAAUUUUGGUAGCGAAAAACUACAAAGCCUUCUACGAUUUGCAAGUGCAGCUGCACAGUGGUGAAAUUUCCAGAGAAUACUCUGUGCUCUCUCAUGGUAAUCUUCCAGCUUCCCUCAAGGAAGUGCGUGCAAGAACAAGGAUUCAACAUGACCUGCCAACGCUUUCUGGUGGUAGGGGCAAAUUGAGCAAAACAACUCUCAUGUUGUCGAGAUAUAUGCACUGUGCAGUGGGGAUGCUCAGCUUGCUUCUGAUCAAAAUUCUGACAGGAAGGAAGCAUCAAAUCAGAAGUCAUUUGGCACAUGUUGGACAUCCCACGCUCCGCGACAAGAUGUACACAAGCAGGGCGAUCUUCCAGUCUGACGCAAAUCUUUCUUUACGGAACUGGCUUCACCGUCAUCGAAUCACCUUCACUGAUGCUGGGGGAACCCCCUGCGAGGCAUGCUGUGAUCUGCCGGCGGAUUUGAGUGCAGUCUUCAGACUGGCGAUAUGGACACGUUAUGUUUCCGCAAGACCUCCAUGA